UUCACCAGUAUUUAAUUCGUCCGCGAACAAUAGUAGUAGAUGUGAGUAUAGCUAAUUUUGAAAAAAGAAGUAAGAAAAAAAUUUUAGUGCCGGUAAAAUUCGAUAGUAUGGUGGAAACACAAGGUCGCACUUUUGGACCUUUGUUGGGACUGUUUUUGGUAAAUUUAUUUGCGAAAGUUGUGACUGCGAAAUAUGAGUCUUAUCUUCCGUUUCAUUUAACAUACGAUCCAAGCCCUUGGUUGCCCUCUUAUAACAAACCUUUAGCAAAUUACAACUAUCAUUCGUAUUAUCCUCAUUGGUACCCGGUCAAAAACCCUUACAAUUAUGCACCUCCCUCGUAUCAUACGUACCCUACAUUAACAACAACAGCUGCUCCCUUUGUAAGUAGUGAGCAAUUACCGGCAGGUUAUGAUAAUGAUUAUUAUCGUGAGGAUUACWCUUAUCCAACUCAGGAUCCUAACAAUUACGAAAAUCUAAUUCCUGCUGAAUCUAAUAACGUGCAUAAGCAAUCAAAAGAAACAACUACUGUUAUUCCUYAAAUUAGUACCCUUCUUCUUGAAACAACUGUGGUAACUGAAGAACCGGAAACUGCGGAAUCUAAUCGUAAAACAAAUAGAAAACCUACUCAAAGAAGUAGAAGGAGAGGACCUACAAGACGUAAUAAGUACCCUCAAAGACGUAGAAGAACAACAACCCCGCCUCCUGAGUACUAUGAUAGUUACGAGGACUAUACUGAAAGGUACCAACCCAACAGAAGAAGACGUCCACAAAUAAACAGACAUUCUUCUGAACAGUAUUAUGACGAUGACGACGAAUAUUACGAUUCGUUUGAAACAAGUACAAGGUUUAUUAAAAGGCCGAAACGUCCCACAAGACGAGUAACCAAAGUACCAAGUUCUAUAGAAAUUGACACAAGUACUGAAGGAAUUAACCCAAAUACUGAAAUUGUGAUAGUCAGGCAAGCUACAACAACUACUACUAGUACCACAACUGAGCCAUCUACAAUUAUCACCAAUACUACAACCCCUUUGCCAACAACUGAGGCUUCCAAUACGACCUAUGUAAUAAUUUUAGGCUAUGGCCCAUCGAAUGGCAACAACGACCAUGUGUCGUUCACUUAUGGUCCACCCGUUGGACCCAACAAGUACCAGUACCAAGUGCCUUUUUUCGAUUGGUACACUCAUGAAGCCACCAAAAACGCAAUUGUGAAACGAGUCCGUGACAUUGUCAACACAACGUGAAAAAUAUAAAUUAUUUAUUUGUAGAAAUUUUGGUGUAGGGUGUUUUUGUACAAUAAACUUUUUCUGUUUA